AUGAGUCAAGGGAGAUCACCAGCGUCUCCGGAAGAGCGACCAGGCCCAUCGGAGGAUAUGUCAGUGACGGAAGAAGAUGAAGACAUGGUGGUUCGAGAGGUUAAAACAAAAGGCGGUUCGUUCAGACCGAACCAAGUGAGCACAGUAGUUCUGGCUGACGUACCCAUAGUCGCUCUCCUGAUCGACGGCAAGGAGAGGCUAUGUCUCGCGCAAAUCUCCAACACCUUACUGAAAGGUUACAGUUAUAACGAAAUCCACAAUCGCCGAGUCGCUCUAGGUAUCACCUGUGUUCAGUGUACACCCGUACAGCUUGAGAUCUUAAGACGCGCAGGGGCCAUGCCGGUGUCUUCGAGGAGGUGCGGCAUGAUCACCAAACGCGAAGCAGAAAGAUUGGUCAAAUCUUUCCUAGAAGACACAUCCCCGCCAAAACUCCCGGAGGACUUUGCGUUCGACGUGCAGCACGACUGCGGUUGGGGAAGCCGCGGAAACUUCAUACCGUCGCGUUACAACAGCUCUCGCGCAAAAUGCAUAAAAUGCGCAUAUUGCAACAUGUACUUUUCUCCAAACAAAUUCAUCUUUCACUUUCACCGGACACCAGAUGCCAAGUACAACCACCCUGACGCGGCUAACUUCAAUUCCUGGCGUCGUCACCUGAGGUUGACAUCAGGACAAGAAAAUACGGACUUGGUGUACGCCUGGGAAGACGUGAAAGCCAUGUUCAAUGGAGGAAGCCGGAAAAGAAUGUCAUCUUACAGCAGUCGGUUAGAGUCUCAUUCACAAAAGUCAUCCCAGGACGAGGGCAAGAAACCAAGAUUCCACGACAACGCUUUGGAAGUCAAACCUCACCGCACCCCUCCCCUAGACUACAACCCUUACCCUAUCUUUCCUACCCCGACGUCUAGUUCAGCCUACCCAAUCCUACCCGCAGCAUUUCCCGCCGUGCCUCUUUCUCUGUCUGUACCAGGUCCUCAUUCUGACCGCUCUCCCUAUGGGACACCCACCAGAGGAACUCUGGCUACUAACCAAAUAACCCCAGACUUUACCGGACCAUCCAGGGUAAGACAGGUUGGAGGCAUGUUUUGUAGCCCGUUUGACAAAAUUUGGCCAAAAUAUCCGAGCCUAUUCUUUUCUGGUCACAACAUGAACUUUUCACGCUGUGAUCGACUAAUGGCUCCUGAUCAGAGCGGUUUGAAAAUCGUCGGGUUCAAGUCCCCCAAAUUAUCUCCUCCAGGUAAACGUGACGUCACACAGACGCCAACAAAUUAUGUAGGUACGAUACCACGAGAUCCCGUUUCACCUUUUGGCGUGCGCAGUGAAGACAAAGAAUGGUGCUCGGCUUUUCGGCUAGUGGGGACUUCCGGUAAGCAUAGUUCCCUUGACGGUGGGAAAGUGGAGUCGGUGAAGUGUAAACAACCUGUGGAAUCUGGUCCACUUUUAGAAGAUGACAGAGAGUCUACAAACACAGACAGUCAGCCCGAGGAUAAGAUGUCCUACCAUGGGGACGAGGCUAUAGGCGCUGACGAGGAUUCGGACGAAGAACUUUCGGUGAAGGAUCCAGAUGUGGACAUAGAAGAUGAUGAUUCCAUUCACUGUGGAGACAAAAAGAACUUUCCAGACGCAAGCACAGAGAAUGACGUUCUGCAUGGAGAACCAACCUCAAAUGAAAAGACUGAACUGGAGAAAUGCCAUGAAACAUCCAGUGAAGAGAAACAGGAAAAAAUGUCACACAGAAAAGAAACAGCGGAUUCUACUUCCGGGUCAACAGAUUUCUCGUCUUUAAGCCGAGAACAGUUACAAACAGAACUUCAGCAAGAAAUGGAAGCGAGGAAGAAAAUUGAAAAAGAAUGUACAACCAUCAAAGAAACGUUUGAAGAACAGAUGAAACGAGCAAUGCAGUACAAAGACGAUAUUUCAAAACAGCUGCAAGUUGUGAGAGACACCUUGUGUACCAAGUUAGACCAGGAGAGGAAAGUCAGAAUGUCUCUGCAAGACAGACUGAACGAAGCGCACGAUGCCCUCCACAGCUUCAGGUGUAACAUGCUAGCGUCUCGCCAUUGUACCGAAUGCUCCGUGAAAGAAAUCAUACCCAGAUAAAAGAAUCACAGAAAAGGACAGGAUGGUGCUUAUUUGAAAUCUUGGGAAAGUCAUUUGGAAUAGUAGAAUGUACUUAUGAUUGUUCUUGUUGAAGAUGUAAGAAUCUAUAUAGACAAUUUACCCCUAAAUAGUGCUUAAAUUCUGGUGUCAUUCCACGGAAAACGAUUUUCGCAAGGAGGCGUUAGUAGAUCUAAACGGGUAGACAUCCUGUUAAGGUCAUUAUAUGAAAUGCAUUUAGAAGUACCCUUGUUAAUUUAACGAUUCUUAAAAAUGCAGAUAAAAGCACUCUUUUUGAAGUUUCGCCUGGCCCAUAUCAAUCGGAUUCUGUAUAAAGGCCUAUCUUUCCCCCCGCUGUGAUGUUUUGGUAUCAAUUAGACAUAUGCCCAGCGAGAUCUCCUU